AUGGAAGCUAUUGGCAAAUCUCUGAAGGAAGCUCUCAAGUCUGCCCAGUGUGAGGAUCGCCUCACUGUUGGUGUCUAUGAAAGUGCCAAAAUAAUGAAUGAUGACCCAGACAAUGUGUGUUUCUGUGUCCUGGCAACCGAUGAGGAGUGGGAGUGUGACAUUGCUCUCCAGAUCCACUUCACCCUCAUCCAGUCUUACUGUUUUGACAACGACAUCAGCAUCGUCAGGGUGAACAACAUGCAGCGCCUGGUCGAGAUUGUUGGUGACGAGACUGGCCAGCUUGAAGAUGCCCAUUGCUGUCUUAUCACGAACCCAGCUGAUGGUUCUUGGGAGGACCCUGCUCUGGAGAAGCUGCACCUGUUCUGUGAGGAGAGCCGCAGUCUGAACGACUGGGUUCCAGAGAUCACCCUCCCUAAGCGCUGAUCUUCUCUCUUGAGAUGCUGUAAACCUUCAACCUAUAAGGAAAUACUCAUCCUUUUACAGGAUGACACUGUUUCUCA